CUAUUACUUGUAUUAUUUUCUUUUCCUUUUUUCUUUUGUCAUAAAAAUAAAAGGAAAAAUUUCUGGUUAGUGAAUGGAAUCCUCUCCAGAUGUUCACGCUCGUUAACGGAAAGAGACACAAAUGAGAAGGGCAUACAGUGAGAGGAUACAGUGAUUCUCGUUGAGAGAGGCCCCAUCUCUAUAACUCUCUCUCUCUCUCUCUCUCUCUCUCUCUCUCAGGAAAAUGGGGUUCUUGCAAGCUCGAAGUGGGUGGCCUGUUCGUCAGACUCGAAACCGAUAUUAAUAAAGAAAAAAUAAAAGCUGGAGACUGGAGUGGAGGAAAGGGAGAGUCCAUCCACUUGUUAAUAGUUUAAGAGCGAGGUUGCGGUCGAAGCAGAUGCCGUUGAACAUCAUUCAUUACGCCGAUGGACUACCCCGGAUUAUAUUGACGGAGCCCGGCGGAUCAUCAGCUGAGGUGCUCUUGUAUGGUGGGCAAGUUGUGUCUUGGAAGAAUGAACGUAGAGAAGAAUUACUUUUUAUAAGCAGCAAGGCUUCUUGGAAACCACCUAGAGCCAUUAGGGGAGGAAUACCCGUUUGCUUUCCCCAGUUUGGUAAUUUGGGAUCACUAGAGCAACAUGGAUUUGCAAGGAACAGAUUGUGGUCAUUAGAUAGCUGCCCAUCACCACUUCCUCCGGCUAACAACCAGUCAACUGUGGAUCUCAUCUUGAAGUCAACAGAGGAGGAUCAUAAGAUGUGGCCACGGAGUUUUGAAUUGCGGUUACGUAUUUCACUUGGUGCUGGCAAGCUGACUUUGAUCCCUCGGGUGAGGAAUACUGAUAACAAGGUCUUCUCAUUUACGUUUGCUCUGCGUAAUUACCUAUGCGUAUCAGAUAUCAGUGAAGUGCGUGUUGAGGGUUUGGAGACGCUUGAUUACUUUGAUAAUCUAAUGCAGAAAGAGAGAUUCACAGAGCAGGCAGAUGCAAUUACUUUUGAUGGAGAGGUGGAUCGUGUGUAUUUGAGCACACCAACAAAGAUUGCCAUCAUAGACCAUGAGAAGAAAAGAACCCUUGUACUCAGGAAAGAAGGCCUGCCAGAUGCAGUUGUAUGGAACCCAUGGGACAAGAAGGCCAAGGUUCUACCAGAUUUUGGGGAUGAGGAUUACAUGACCAUGUUGUGUGUGGAUUCAGCUGCAAUUGAGAACAAAAUUGUCCUUAAACCGUUUGAAGAAUGGAAGGGCCGCCAAGAGCUUUCGGUCGUAUCAUCAAGUUACUGCAGUGGGCAGUUGGAUCCUCAGAAGGUACUUUAUGGCUUUAGUUGACCCUAGGAUGUGGUAAAUGGAGGCUUACCUGUAUGAUAUAGGACUAUUUUCUUCUUUGAUGUGCUAUAUUUAUAUGCACCACUUUUCUGUGUUUUGUUUUAGUUGCGGUGGUUAGGAACUUAGGGGUUCCUGAAGGUGAGUGUAGAUGACCAAAGCACUUGCUUUUUAAUAUUUGACAUAGUAACCUACCUGCCUUUGUUUAGUUUUGUGAAGGUUACAAAGGCAUUGAAAUCUUGUAUGCAUAUGGUGCAGUGCCAAUAGUCAUGGGUUAAUCUGUUUUUGUAGUAAAUUGAAGCCCUAAUCCUGAUUACAGAGUUGAUAUUCAUGGAGUCACCAUGUUUAUUGGUUUGAAA